GAGGCGGGGCUACGAGCUCCUCCUAGAACUCCAGCUUUCUGGCACCCCGGAUCCAGCGCCGCCGCUCAAAACACCAGCGACCCCGCGGCCAAGCGCAGCUCCUGGCGCAAUGGACCCGACGCUGGCAGCCCAGAUGAGCGAGGCUGUGGCCGAGAAGGUGCUCCGGUACCGGCGUGACACAGCAGGCUGGAAGAUUUGCCGGGAAGGCGUGAGUGAGGAGCUGGGCGGGAAGGGGUCCCGGAGACCGCUUCGUGGAGCCCGGAAUGGAGUUUCAGUUUCCUGGAGGCCAUCUGUGGAGUUUCCAGGGAACCUGUACCGAGGAGAAGGCAUUGUAUAUGGGACACCAGAGGAGGUGUGGGACUGUGUGAAGCCAGCCGUUGGAGGCCUACGAGUGAAGUGGGAUGAGAAUGUGACCGGUUUUGAAAUUAUCCAAAGCAUCACUGAUACCCUGUGUGUAAGCAGAACCUCCACCCCCUCAGCUGCCAUGAAGCUCAUUUCUCCCAGAGAUUUUGUGGACUUGGUGCUAGUCAAGAGAUAUGAGGAUGGGACCAUCAGUUCCAACGCCACCCAUGUGGAACACCCCUUGUGUCCCCCGAAGCCAGGUUUUGUGAGAGGAUUUAACCAUCCUUGUGGUUGCUUCUGUGAACCUCUUCCAGGGGAACCCACCAAGACCAACCUGGUCACAUUCUUCCAUACCGACCUCAGCGGUUAUCUCCCACAGAACGUGGUGGACUCCUUCUUCCCCCGCAGCAUGACCCGGUUUUAUGCCAACCUUCAGAAAGCAGUGAAGCAAUUCCAUGAGUAAUGCCAUCAUUACUUCUUGGCAAAGAACUCCCAUGACUCAUCGAGAAGCUCCAGCUGUUGGGAUACCAAGGAGCCUGGGAACACGCGGAGGCCUGUGUUCACUCUUUGGAACAAGCCAAUGGACUACACAUCUCUGAGAAUGCCAACCAGAGGCGGCAGCCCACCCUUCCUGCCUCCUGCCCCACUCAGGGUUGGCAUGCGAUGAGCCAUUCAUGUGCUCUAAACUCCAUCUGCCUGUUACCCAAACAUGCCUCUCCUGGCAGGGUAGACCCAGGCCUCUAACCAUCUGACAGGGACUCGGGCUGGACACCGUGUGAUGCACUCUGGCCCCAAGCCUUUAUGUGCCCAUCACUCUCAGAGACCACGUUUCCCUGACUGUCAUAGAGAAUCAUCAUCACCACUGAAAACCAGGCCCUGUUGCCUUUUAAGCAUCUACAGCUCUCUCAGUCCUGUGCUGCAGACCCUCAAAUGUAUUUUUCUGAUACAGACCUUGUAUAUGGCUUUACUGCCACAAAAGAGUUUUUUUCCUUAAAAAAGGUGUCAACUUGGAAAAUAAUGGUUUAAAAAUGGGAUAACCAUUAAGGAAAAACACUUUCAAUGUAUCUUCCAUUUGAUGAAUUUGUUUUUCUCUCUUUAUCCCCUCAUGGUGGACUUCCAUGUCCUCAAUGAAACCAGGCAGUGUGAAUCUGUUCCAGCCCAAAUCUGCAGCAUUAGGGAUGAGUUCUUGGCAGUGAUUCUGAACUGAGUGUGUACUCACGUCUGCAUGGGGAACUCUGGGGAGAAGAGCCUUCUUUUUCUUUCCCCUGGGCAUUUGCCUUUCCUUGUCUUCUUACUGAGGUGGAGGCAGGAGGUCUCUGUCUUCCAGGCCCUGGCCAGGCCAUCCUGCCAUCAGGAAAGAUAGACGAGCAUGCCUCCCUCUAGCAGCGCUGGCUGGAGUCUCCCCUCUAGAUCCUGCUGCAAGACUGCACAAACCUACAGGGGCCAUGUCCACCCAGGCACAUCAUCAGAACCAGGGAGCCCAGCCUUGCCACCUGGAAGGGGCCUCAGCAGCCAUGCAAGUUUCUUUCCCUAUCUCCAAUCCAGAGAAGGAUCCUCUAACGUUCUCUAGCAACCUUAUCUGCACCCCCGCCACCUUCCUUGUAAGAAAGACCACGUGUGUCUGACUAAAAUCCCUUCACGUUGCAUUUACCCAGGUUACUAUUGCGCGUGCAGGAUGUUUUCACAGUGUUCUCAGCCUUUGCUCCUCCAAACAGAAAACAUUUCCCCUGUGUUACUGUUACUUCCCUAUUUUUGAGUCCUGGGGUGACUGUCUCUUAAAUGUGCCAAGAUGUGAGCAAGCUUUAAAACACGACAGCUCUGUGUUAAGGGGGCAGAAAGCUUCCUCUUUCUGUGUUCUAUUGCAACUACAGAUUCCACAAUCAUGCCUUAAGAUCUUUUAGCUAACACCCUUUUCAAGAAAU